AUGACGCUUUCCACUCUUACAUCCCCUUUAAUUGACACCUCUUCUUCUUUGCUGCUUACUCACCCUAAAUCAGGGGUUCUUGUUACUAACCAAACAGUAGCUGGAUGGGGAAGAAGCAUCAGGGGAGCUCAGGUGCUUAGCUCAGAGUCUACCAUUAGUUCAGUGUUGGAUAUGUCAAUUCGUUCACUCCCUGGUGAUCAUGGACUUCCUUUACAACAGGCUUUGCCAGAUGUCCCACAGGGAAUGGUGGAUGCUGUAAACAGGGGUGGAGAGCUAUUUUCAAAUUUAACUGCAGGGACACUUGAACAGAUAACUUAA